CUUGUCCCCCACAGUUAGAAAGUUGUUGAUCACAACCAUGUUGUUCAUCUCCCGUCUAUUGAACUGGCUGGCCAAUAAAUAAUCAACCCGCGAGCUUCUCUCAAAUGAGCUCUGACCCUUUGAUUUGACCUCGUAUGCCUGAAUCUCCUCCACUGAGCUCACUGAUUUGGUGACGGGCCGUGAUGCUGUUUAUUGCUGAAUCCUUUACUGUCUGCGUUUUUAGUAAUGAUGUUUGGUGUUCCCCUCUUCUCUUCCCAGAACACUAUGGAUCACCUCCACUAGCCCCGCCCUCCAUCUGUCAACAGAGCUCAUGUACGGUUACAGCAGCACAUUCCAGUGGGGUGGAGUCAGCCAGCUCCAGUGACUCUGACAGCAGCUCGGGGUCGGAGUCGGGCAGUGAGAGCAGUGAGAGUGGGACCGAGGCCCCCCCACAGCCCCUCAGGAGUAGCAGCCCACCUGUGACAAAGACGGAGGGCCCCGUGGUAACUAACUGGCAGUUGAACAACUGGAUCCGAGUGAGCCAGCAGAACCCCAGCACAGAGAGCCAGAGUGACGCUCUACUGAGCCCUCUACCCAAACAGCAGCAGAGCCAUGAGGAGGAGACCAUUCCUCCCAGGGACUACAAAUCCCACACACCCCCACAUCGCCCAGAGUUCAGUGACGGUGAAGCCAAACCUCAACGCAGUGAAGGCGCUGCCCACAACCAGCAUGUCCAACACAAGUCCCCGGUCGCCUCGCACGUUGGGAACAGCAGCAGCAGCCAGAGAAAGACAGUGGGGAACAAACACCCCUCCAGACCAGCCAAGGCUCCCCGCCCUGAAGACCCUCAGGCUGGGUUACAGGUGGAGAGUGUGGAGGUUGUCCCCCGUGACAAAGACUCCUCGUUCACAGACAGGCCAAAGGUCAAAACGAAAACCGGCCGCAGCAGCAAGAGCAGCGGAGCCAAAAUAAACAGUAGGAAGCCUGCCAAGCGUGGCGCCUCUGAGAAGAAGACCGAACAACCAGAGUCACAGGGUGGCCCCAAGGUGACUCUGGUGCUGGACUGUAAGAGGGAGAAGUCUCCUAGUCCCAGCCCUGCCCAGGAGGUAGACCAGCCAGCCCCAGCUGUGGUGAAGACCACCAGUGUCAGGACAGAGACCCUCCCGGCCCCUCAGAAGGGCCAAAAGAAGCCCCGGCGCCACUCUCUAGACCCAGCACACAAGGCCAAGCGGGAGUCCUCAGCCAAAGCUUCCAGGGUCCACCAGGSGCCUCCGGGGGCCCUGCUGGUAAAGAUAGAACUGAGCCUGCUGUCCAGGGUUCCCUCCCAGGGCUCCAGGCCUUCUUCAGGGGUCCAGGAGCCAGCCAUCAGGAAGGGACCCAACACGGCCCCAGAGAGGGGGGACACCAACCCUGCUGCCCCCAUCCCUACCAAAGUCUGCAAGAAGAGACCGGUAAGGUUGGCUUUUUGUUGUUAUGAUGAAAUGGUAUUCGUGGUGUUGUUGAUAGUAGUGGUUGUUGUUUUUGCUUGAUGAGCUGGUUUGGGUUCAGCAGCCCUUUGUAGU